GUGGCUUCGUUGCGAGAAGAGUUAUAUAUGAAGCUUGGUGAACUAGCUACAAUCAAAGAUUCUGCCAGUCGCACAAAUGCUCUCAAAUCAGAUAUGAUUGUACGGCUAGAAACUAAUCUAGCUUGUCAACGGGAAGAGUUCCAAAGAAAACUGAGCGAGCUAAGCGCGCAAUUAGCAUCCAGGGAGGCGGAUUAUCGCUCAGUCACCACAGAGUUGGCUUUGGUCCGUGAGCAGCUUUCCAAUACAAGGCCGUCCGGUAAUCAAGAUCGAUGCAACGAGUUUUCUCCUGCCUCUCAGUUGAUAGCGUCAAUGAUGACCUCCCCUUUUGGUGUUCUUACUCCCACCGGAAAGCUCAACCAGGUACCUCAGAUGACUCUUCGUUCGCCAACAAGCAACCAUCUGCCAGCACCUGUCACACCCGUGCCAAGUAGACGUCGUCCUGUGAUGGAUGGCACAUGGAGACUAGAAAAAAUGAAUAAGAGCGACAGGGGAAACCAAAUCGCUGCUACAACACUGAAUGAAACGGAUCAGCCGACCAUCCAAAACGAUCCAAUUAACACUGCUGAGGCGGCUCUGAGUUAUCAAGAAGAAAAUGAGGUAAAUCCACGGAAAAGGCGUCGACAUAACCGAUCGUUGAGCAUAUCUCCAGUGCUUCCGGAAAGCAACGGUAUAAUGAUAUCUACGGUUGACACAGCUGUUGAAACAGAUCCACCUGUUCAGAUGCAAUCAACUGAUCAUCUCGGUGCACUGCGCUAUCGCAGCGGUACUCUGUCGUCCCAUUCCGAAGGCUUUGCUUGUUGCUUUACUGAGCCACUCAAUUUACACAGUCUCGCGUCAUCUCUUCUCUCAAUCACUGUAACUGAAUCUCAUAUGCGGGACUCACAAAUACUACCGUAA